UUGUAUUUGCACGUGAUCAGAGGCGUUUUGUCUUUUGAAGCUGCAAGGUACUAGGUGGUCUCAUUGUAUGAAUUGUUAUUAGAGUUUGGGAUUUAGGUGAACCUCUCCUGAACCAUGGCUACGGAUGCUGAUAAAGUGAAUCUCGACAGUAUUAUUCAGCGGCUCUUGGACGUGCGAGGUUCUCGUCCUGGUAAAAAUGUACAACUAACAGAAGCAGAAAUCAGAGGCCUCUGUAUGAAAUCUAGAGAGAUUUUUCUCAGUCAACCCAUCUUACUGGAGCUGGAAGCACCGUUAAAGAUAUGUGGUGACAUUCACGGUCAGUACUAUGAUCUCCUCCGACUGUUUGAAUAUGGAGGCUUCCCUCCUGAGGCUAACUACCUGUUUCUAGGGGACUAUGUUGACAGAGGUAAACAGUCACUUGAAACUAUCUGCCUGCUCUUAGCCUACAAGAUAAAAUACCCUGAGAACUUCUUUUUGCUGCGGGGCAACCACGAGUGUGCCAGCAUCAACAGAAUAUAUGGCUUUUACGAUGAAUGCAAGCGGCGGUAUAGCAUCAGAUUGUGGAAGACAUUCACCGAUUGUUUCAACUGUCUCCCGGUGUCUGCUAUUCUAGACGAAAAAAUCUUUUGUUGCCACGGUGGUUUGUCCCCCGACCUUCAGUCCAUGGAACAGAUCCGACGGAUAAUGAGACCAACUGAUGUGCCAGACCAAGGUCUGUUGUGUGACCUCCUUUGGUCUGACCCUGACAAAGAGGUGACUACUGGCUGGGGGGAGAAUGAUAGGGGAGUGUCCUUCACCUUUGGCAAUGAUAUCGUCAGCAAGUUCCUAAACAAGCACGACAUGGACCUCAUCUGUCGGGCGCAUCAAGUAGUGGAGGAUGGAUACGAGUUCUUUGCCAAGCGACAGCUCGUAACUCUUUUCUCAGCACCCAAUUAUUGCGGGGAGUUUGAUAAUGCCGGGGCCAUGAUGAGUGUAGACGAGACCCUCAUGUGCUCAUUCCAGAUCCUCAAGCCAGCCAGUGAUCGUAGAAAAUUGUUCCCUCAGGGGGUUGGGGGACAGAGCAGGCCGAUAACUCCGCCCAAGGGCAAAAAUAAAGGAAAGAAAUAACACUUGUUCUCUUGUAGCCGGUGCAGUGUGUAUGAAAAACAUUAAUAGACUGUAGAUCUGCACUUACACUCCUCUUUGUGAUAAAAAUAUUUUGUACCAUAAUAUCUGUCUUAUAUAUACGUAUGACACAUGAAUAGUCAUUUAUUAUUUUG